GGUGCUACUGUACGGAACCAACCAGCACCUCACCAUGUCGACAUCACAAAUGAAGUGCAUAAUAUGCUUCUUCAAAACGACGACGGGUCUUACUUGACAGACACGUCCCAAGAGCUCGUCGCUCCCCUUAAGAACGCGUUCUCCGCGGUCCCAAUGCCGGCAAACCGACCGCCGGAGUUUGAAUAGCACUGGACGUUCUGGACGGAGAAGAUGAAGCCGCCUAAGAUGCUGAUCAACGUCACCGCCCGCAAGGUCGAGGUCGACAAUCGAAUUCCUCUCCGCUACUACUACCGGAUCGCCGAUAAUCUUCUCAGACAGGCAAGUAUAUAUCGGGAGGAGAAGAAUGUUGUGGACUUGUAUGUUAUGCUUCUCAGAUUUUCAAGUUUGGUCUCUGAAACUAUACCAUUUCAUCGAGAUUACCAGGUUUUGCUUCCAAAAGAAAGAACUAGUUACAGGAAGAAAUUAUUAGUUGUGCUAGAUGAGUUAGAAUCUUUGAAGCCAGAAUUCCAACGUCAAGUAAAUGAACUGAACAAGCAUCAUGCUGAAGCUCGAACUUGUCAAAUCGAUGGCUUGGAAUUGGAAAGGAUUUCAUCUGGUUCAGGGACAUCUUCUGUGGAAUGGCCUCCUAAUAAUAAGAGACCAUUCUUGGGUCUUGAUGUUAACUGGCCGGUGAGCAGGGCACCACAGUAUUCAUCGAAGAAUAGCAAUGGUCCAACUCAAACUUUAUCAUCUAAUUCCAUGGAUAUUGAUAAGCAGUUCCAAAAGCUAUCUCUUAGUCUACCUCUUCCAAAAAAGGAGACACUAUCUAGACACUCAUUUUUAGGUCCAAAUGGGCUUCGGGGCCAGUGGCUAGGACCUAGUGCAGAGAUAAAGGUCCAUUAUCCAAGCAGUACUGAUUUAAUUGCAACUGAAAAUUCUAGCCUCAAUCAGGCUGGACAAUAUGGUCUUGUAGCAGAAAAAGAAGACAAUUCAGGAGGAGAUAGAUCUACCAUGGAAUCAGUGCUUUCCUUGGAUGAUGGUAGGUGGCUAUGUCCUGCUGAUGAAUCAGUUCCUCCGGUGAAUAAUGAAGUGAGGGAAGGUAACUUUCAGCUGGGGACUGUUAGGCAACCUAGUCCUCCCCCUGUUCUUGCUCAAUUGCAGCCAGACUUUCUCCCAAUUUCGCCAUCAAAAGUUGCUGAUCCAAGACCUGGGCCAGCAAAAUCUUCUCAGGAUGGAGUUGCCAAUUCUAAUCCUUAUCAGCACUUGCACAUUCCAGUGAAAAUGAUGGAUGAUUUCUUGAGGUUGGCGCGGGAAAACACCACCAGGAACUUGGAGACAUGUGGUGUUCUUGCUGGUUCACUGAAAAACAGAGUUUUCCACAUUACUACUUUGAUAGUCCCGAAGCAAGAGUCGACCUCAGAUUCGUGUCAGACAUUAAACGAGGAAGAGAUUUUUGAGGUUCAAGACAAAUUCUCCCUUUUCCCUCUUGGGUGGAUUCAUACGCACCCGUCGCAAACUUGUUUCAUGUCAUCAGUUGAUCUGCACACACAUUAUUCUUAUCAGAUCAUGUUGCCAGAAGCAAUUGCUAUUGUUAUGGCCCCGACAGAUACUACCAGCCCACAUGGUAUAUUCCAUCUGUCGGAUCCAGGUGGUGUGUCUAUAAUCCGCAAUUGUCAACAGCGUGGUUUUCAUCCUCACGAGGAGCCUCUUGAUGGUACCCCCAUUUAUGAGCACUGUUCUCAUGUAUAUAUGAACCCCAAGUUGAAGUUUGAGGUGGUUGAUCUUCGGUGAGCCCGUGUUUUUUUUUUUUUCCCGAGUCUUACAAGAUAUUUAUAUGCCAUUUUAUUGGAAAAUGUUUAUAUUAAAUACCCAGUGUGUACACCCAAAGAAGAAAACAGUAAAUAUGUGUUCAUCUGAUGAGUCACAUACUUGUGUAAAUUCAAUGGGAUCCAAGGAAUAGAGUUUUGAUGGAGCUAGAGCACAUUUGUAUCUCCCCUUCUAAUGCAGCCAAAUAGAAAUUCUAGCCAUGGUCAAUGGCUUCCUCUGCAA